UCAGCAAGAGCGCUGGGCGCGGAGAGAGGCGGUUUCUCCUCUAGACGGGCGGAAAGCAUGGCCAGUCGGCUGAGGAAGGCGGGCUCUGUGUCAGUGGAGCCUCUCCCGCCUUCCUCUGUACCGGCGACCGAGGUGCCACAGGGAAGGCGAGAGGGCAGCGAGGGCUAGUGGUCGCGGCGCAGGAAGAGCGGCAGGGGGGAGGCUUCAGCAGUGCGGAGGAGGCGCCCCGCGGGGCUGAAGUAAACAACCCCCUCCUUAGCCCGAGCGAGGGAAGCCCCCGGAGCGCCAGAGAAAGUUCAAGGACUUGCCGCACCAAUUCCCUCCCCCUUUCCUAUUUCCGCGGAGAUCCUCGCAAACGCGGGAGGAGGAGGCGGAGGAGGAGGAGCGGCGGUAAUCAUGAACCCCAGCGGGCAGCGAGGAUUAGGCAAGGCGGCCGCCGGCGGAAAAGACCCCUGGGAAGGGUGCCUGGAGGUGGCGGUGCAGCUCGCGCUCCAGGCGGGACAGAUCAUUAGAAAAGCUCUCACUGAGGAAAAGCAGGUAUCUACCAAAACAUCUGCAGCAGAUCUUGUGACUGAAACUGACCACUUGGUGGAAAAUUUAAUUGUUUCUGCACUGAAAGAAAAGUUUCCCUCUCACAGGUUUAUUGCUGAAGAAGCUACUGCUGCAGGUUCAAAGUGCAUACUCAAUGACAGUCCAACCUGGAUUAUUGAUCCUGUUGAUGGCACUUGCAAUUUCGUACAUAGGUUUCCAACUGUAGCUGUUAGCAUUGGAUUUGCUGUCAACCAAGAGCUUGAAUUUGGUGUAAUUUAUCACUGCAUUGAAGAACGAUUAUACACUGGUAGAAGAGGUCAAGGGUCAUAUUGUAAUGGCAAAAGGCUUCAGGUGUCAAAAGUGACAGAUAUCACAAAAGCCUUGAUUUUAACUGAGAUUGGUCCAAAGCGAGAUCCCGAUACUCUAAAAGUCUUUCUCAGUAACAUGGAACGAUUGCUAAAGGCACAGGCACAUGGGGUUCGUGUUAUUGGAAGUGCUACUUUGGCACUCUGUCAUUUAGCAUCUGGGGCUGCAGAUGCAUAUUACCAGUUUGGCUUACAUUGUUGGGAUUUGGCAGCAGCUACUGUUAUUAUCAGGGAGGCAGGUGGAGUUGUGAUAGAUACAUCAGGUGGACCUUUAGAUCUGAUGUCAUGUCGCGUAAUAGCAGCAGGUACCCAGGAGAUGGCCUCAUUCAUCGCUCAGGAAAUACAGACUAUUCACUAUGGACGUGAUGAUGAGAAUUGACCAGACAUCAACCUAACAUAAUAUGAAAUACGACCUUUUGGAAAUAUUUCACUUCUUUUAAGAUGAAUGGCUUUUAGAAACUGUUUCUUGUACAGUUUGUAAAUCAAACAUAUUAUACAAACAUUUUAGUUGCAUUUUAGGAAGGUGAAAGAGGUGUAUUUGGGCAUUUGUGUGUGCAUGUGUGUAUGUGUGUGUUUGGGACCUUUCCCUCUUUUUAAUGAGAAUAUUUUUCAGUUACUUUUUUUUUAAUGUUAAGCUCUUUGAGGCUGUAAUAGAAGUAGGGACGUUUCUGGUUUCACAUAGAAUGAGAAAUAAAGUUUAUGUUUCAGAUCUCAGGUAUUUUUUUUUUUGAACAAGUAGUGCCUCAAGUGCCCUCAUCCAAAAAUACUUGAGUGAAAGUACUAUUUUUUUCUAAAUUUAAAACAGACCUACUGAGCAGCUCUUGAGAUAGUUACAUUUAUUUACACACAAGUAUGGUAAUGGUACAUAUUCUUAGAAAUAUGUAUUAUCCUUGGAUAAGUAAACAGGUACUAAAACAGCUGAAUAAGGAAUGAAUUUUUUUAAAAAACCAUUCAAACAUUCUUUGGCUUGAUUCAAACCCUAUACUAUGUUUUUUAAAAUAACAUGGAAGAUUUACCAAGAUGCUACUGCUCACAAAAGUUUCUUACUAAGCACAUAGGUAGCCUGAUACCUAGUCUAUAAUCAGUGGUGAUUAUGUGAAUGGAGCACUAUAUAUUUUGACCACUGCUGGAUAUCAAAUGACCAAGUUACAUCUCUUGGUGACUUCAUAGAUAUUCUUGAUUUUCUUGAUAGCAAUACAGAAGUGAUUUUCUAUUGCCUUCUUCCAGGAUAGUGUUGCAUUUGUUUGUUUACUUCUAUGGUAGUUUAAAGCCUGGUAUUUUCAGGAUGUUUUCCUCUGCAAUCUUAAUUAGACUCACCUCCGCUUAGCUUUCAAACCCAGGCAGGUGCUAUUAUAUGCUGAGAUGGCCAUUGUGUAUCCUUGAAUGAUUAUUGUGGAGAAAAAUAAUCUUUCAAAUUUAAAACUAGCAGAGAGAUUCCUGCAAUGUUGAGUUAGAAUUCCUUGAAAAGUGCUUUGUAGCUUAUCCUGUGGAACAGAACUGAAAAGAAGUACCUCACUAUUAUACAAAAAUUGUGGCUGGACAUGUUACAAAAACUACUGUUUUCUUGAAUGGAAAUGGGCAUGACUUGGGCUAUCAUAAGCAGCACAUAACUUUUAGAACUUUGGUUUACAUAAUGAAAUGUUGCAUAUUUCCAAAUAAAUGCCUAAGAAACAGAAAGUACAACAAAAGGGAUCCUAACCUAAUCUUUUCACUGAUGUCUUGUUUUCUAUAUUUGAGUAUUAUAAAUUGUUGUGAUAAACUCUUAUGAGCCCCCCCCCCCAGCAUUCCAACUAAUACAAUCUAGGAAUAGUUUACUAUCUCCCUAGAUGUCAAAAUUAGGCUUUAGAUUUAUGUGAACUAGAGUUACUGACAAUGACUCUAUGGAUUAAAUGCUGGUUCUAAUAAUCCAUGUUCUAUCCAAAUGCAAGAAUGUUACAUUGGCCAUAGUGUACCUUGUCUCAAUAUCUUUCAGUCCUAAAUGCAGUGCUGAUAAAUGGCAUUUAUGAUACUUCUAAAUAAAUAUCUUUUUAUGAAUUUAAUUUAAACCUGAACCAGUUAUUCCUGUAUGUAUGAAACUAAGAAUUUGGCCCAUUCUCUUAAAUAUUGAAAAUAUCUUUUCAGAGGUUUUAAAAAUUGAAUAAAUGCUUGUUUUAAAAAAAUAUGUAUAGUGGAUUGGAUCCAAAUUUAAUUCUAGUAAAAAUAGAGCUAUUAAAAUCAACAGCACCUCAUUUAAAAACAUGUUUGAAAUAAAGAAUUUGCAGCUGACUAGUUUUUGUUGCAGGCUAGCCUUGCUGCUGUAGAAUUUGAUGACAAUUAUUAAAGGAACCACUGAAGAAGAGAUUCUUCCACUAUUCGAUAUUGCCAAAAAUUUGCCUCCCCUAAAUCGAUCUUUGUAUGUGAGCAAAAGUUCAUCAAAGGUUUAACUCUGUGAUGAGAACUUUGUUACUCAUUCUUAAGUGUGUUACAAUAGCAGUUGCCAAUGAAUCACUUCUUCCUUUCUGUGCCACUAAUGUGUUGCUGUAUGAAUUGUCUCAUUUUUCCAUAUUAAAGAGCUUUGUGGUUUGAGUACUUAGAAAAUGUGACAUAUCUUUAAAAAUGAAAUUUUGAAGUUAAUGUGUAUAAUAAAGCAUGUAUUGUGCAGUUAAACCAGAAGGGCCUAAGAAUGCAGGUGAAAAACUACUAAAAACAAAAGCCAUCAUUAAUUCUACUUCAGUAAAUUUAUGUCAAUCCCUUUGGUGACAGAUGCCUCUCUUCACUCACCAACUACAUAAUAGUGAAGAAAACAUGACAUUCCCAUCCAUCUCCCCUUAUGAUUGGAAAAUUUCUGCCAUUUAACUUUUUUCCUGUCUGUAGUUAUCAAGAUACAGCUGAGAAUCAGACAAACUUAACUGAAAUGUUAAAUGAACUGAAACAUUAAGAAGUAAUAUGUAAAUAAGAUACUAAGACAGGAUCAUAAAAUAUGAUACACUGCCAUUGCAUGAAUGUUUAAAAAUGAUAGUGUAUGCACUUUUAUGCACUGUUGCUUUUAUAACAGCACUUCUAUAGCACUUCAGAAUGUUCAAAAGCACUUCCUCAGUAUCACUUGCAAACCUUAUACCGUAAAUGCCGGCGUAUAAGGCAACUUCGCGAGCGCUGAAAUUGGUGCCAAAGACGAGGGUCGUUUUAUACGCCGAGUCGUCUUAUACGCCGGAAAUACUGGUAGUUUCCGGCGUAUAAGACGACUUUCUAGGAAUGCGGCCCGGCUAUAAAGACGGGGGUCGUCUUAUACGCCGGCAUUUACAGUAGUAUUCUUCUAAGAUAUUCCUCCAAUAUUCCCCUUCUAUAACAAAACAUAAAAGGAUUAGAUUAUAAUCUGCCUAAUGACUAAUUUAGUGGCGGGUACAAGAUUCAAUCAGAAUUUGCUCUUAGUGACAUAGGGGCCAAAUUAUAUAUUAUGCUACAUCUGUACUCUUGUGCACAUUACUUGGGUUAAGAAUCAAAAAGAUGCAAAAUAUGAUCUGAAGCUACAUGCCCAUUUUUUCUUUAAUUACAAAAGCGAUGAGGGAAAAUAUUUAAAAUGUGUGAAAGAAGAUACCCACCUCUAUUGUAUCAGUAGUUAUUGAAGUCUAAUUCACAGAAUUUUAUCCAUUGGCAGAAUACAGGCACUAGAUUUAGAUUAGAUUAUGAUCCACAUGAACUGUCCCAUUCACCCCUUAAAAAAAGUGAUGUGGAUAGUAAUCUGAAUAGAAAACAUGGAAACUAGGAAACAGAAUAAUCUUUCUAUAGAUCGAAAAGAACAUAUCUGGUUGUGAAUUGAAUAUUAAAACCAGUAACAAUCUGAAGCAGGGAUUUGUCUGAAGCAAAUCUGGAUGGAAAUGUUUUAACUUACCCAUGUACCAGAGUUGCAUUUUUUAAAGAAAAAAAUAAUGAUAUAUAAAGGCAUCAAAUAAGGAUUUCACAUCUAGUAUUCUUAAUUUUCCCACCCCUCAUUUUCCAAUACAAUGGUUUCUAGGAAGUUUAAUAGCUUAGCCAUUAUUUUCUUAUAUAUGUUUUAUAACAGGGCAGAUAACCUAAGCCUCAUAGGCUAAUUUCCAUUUUUUGUGCAAUGGAUCGGGUCAGAUGUCUGGGAAGAAAAGCCCCCCCCCCAAAGGCUACAACAGUAUGUGAGAAAAAGUGGACGUCCUUACCUUCUUUGGAUUCUUAUCACAGCCCCCUACUGUUUAUCCCUGAGAAAAUGUAUGGUUCUUGAAAAUAAGUGUGCCUACCUGUGCUUUACAGAAAAUAUUUUAGGUGGAAAAAUAUAUAUAGUGGAAAUUACUAAGCCAUCAUGUGGUGAGGUGACCAAUUAUUUUGCAUGUAUAAGGUAUUCAAGAGCUGUAUGGUCAUGAGUUUUUGUGCAUCUUUGUUGCAAGAACUCUGAAACUUAACCGGUUUAUGCUGUUUAUACAUACAUUAUGAGCCAUUUGGUGUUAUGUUCUUGUUCAGUUACAAACUCUGUAUUACUGGUUGUCUGCUUUUAAUCCAGACAUUUCUACCUCAUAGGGGGCUAUGAGGAAUAAUAUGUAAUUAUUAUUCAAUAGAAUAAAAGUUGUUUCCAAUGGAUAAAGAACUAUAUCAUGAUAUCUAGAAUUCUUUAUUAAUGUAUGUUUGUCAAAAUAGCUUCAUUUUCCAAUAAAACCAAGAGGCAAAUGUGUAUUAUA